UCCCAGACCGUAAACAACUGCGCAUGCUCGGCUCGGAUUCCACCAAAUUGGAAAAAUAUGGCGGCGCUGUUGACAACAGCAACAGAGCAGUGGAUACGAGAGAAGCUACAUCUAAAUCACCAUUGCCUUGCAGAUGUGAGAUCACUGAGCCUCCCAGGAUCAUACAAGGAGAAAAUCAGACAUCUGGGAAUCUCACUAAAGAACUUUGUCCGUUUGAAAACCCUGAACCUCUCCUGUAAUGCACUAAUCUCUGUCGAGGGGGUCCAACACUUGAAGAGGCUGGAGAGGCUGAACCUGUACUACAACAGCAUUCCCUCCCUUCAGGAGGUCAAAGUGCUCUGGCAGCUGACUGCUCUGAGAGAGCUGGACCUGAGGCUCAACCCUCUGGCUAAAACAGAUCCACACUACCGCCUGUACUUUGUGCACGCACUGUCCAACCUUCGCAGGCUUGAUGACUGUCCAGUCAGGGACAGUGAGAGAAGAGCUUCAAUCAUGCAUUUCUCCUCAGACUCUGUGCUCGGACCCCAACAGACGAGCUCCUCGGAGACAGACAUCACUGACCAGAGGAGCAGUAAGCUGAGGAUGGCCUCAGUAAAUCGCCUGGCCAAGAAGCUCUCUGUCCUGGAUGACAACGAUGACAUAGUGUUGAACCUUGUCGCUAAGAGCAACUGGGACCAAAGUGAACCUCUGUUCCUGACUGGCUCUUCCCACAAGGAGCCAGAGUCCCAGCUCUAUCAUCAGAUCAAAGAGGAGUCUUGUCAUUCCCAGUCCAAUGGUCAACGUUUAAGAGAAGGAUCUCGAAGGAAAGGUUCUUCCUCCUCGUUGAAAACGUCAGAGGGGCCGAGGGUAACCUUUAACCCCCGCGUAGAGAAGCACAGCGGGACUAGCUCUGGACGGGAGGAGCGAGAGAAACUCCCCAAACACCUGAGAGUCACGGCCAAGGGCCACUUCACCCCUCACCCUGAUAAAGUUGACCAGCAGAAGUCUUCCUUAGUGAAGAUCCGCCCCCCCAGUCCAAGAAGUCCCUGUCCCAGUAGGUCUGAUGCCACCAACCCCAUCCUGCACCCUCCCAGACUGUCCUACCAUAACACCCAGCAGACAGCAGGGGGCUCCACCUCACCACAGAAACAUGCCAAGCAACAGAAGGGAAGCUAUAGGAAACCAAUGGAGUUGCUGCUGAGCCUAGUGAACAAGCACUGGACAGGGAGAGGCCUCUGCACCAUGACAACAACUUCCUCUGUGAGUAUGAAACCCCCAUGUACUGUGUAG